CUUCAUCGUUAUUAUCUAUCACCAUGCGUCUCGGCAUCUCCUCCUUUAUUUCGGAUAUCCUGAGCACCUCCAGUAACAUCUGUUUUUGCUGGACCGAGGGCAAGAACUCAGGGAUGGAAGAGAUGGUCUGGGAGCAGUACACAGUCACACUGCAGCGGGACUCUAAGAUGGGCUUUGGCAUUGCUGUCUCAGGUGGUCGUGACAACCCCAAUGUAGAGAGUGGUGAGACGUCAAUCAUUGUAUCAGAUGUGCUGCAGGGAGGACCGGCAGAUGGAUUACUCUUUGAGAACGAUCGUGUCAUUCAAGUCAACUCCAUCCCCAUGGACAAUGUGCCUCAUACUUUUGCUGUGCAGUCCCUCCGUAAAUGUGGAAAAGUAGCCAAAAUAACAGUGAAGAGACCUCGUAAGGUGUCAGUCCAAUCCCUGAAGCAACCCCCAUCCCCCGGUGGGGACAGUCAUGAAUACACCCCCUCCACACACUACUUUGAUGCUGACAAUGACAAUGGCUGGUAUCGUAAUGAAAGCCGGGACCACACCUCUGAUAUCAAAGGGCACCUGGACCCUGAGUACAGGGGAGGACGGGACUACAACCAGAGAGCGAGGAGCCGUGGGAAGAGCCAGGAAAGAACCUCGCCCAGCCCUGAAAGAUCCAGGAGGGAGGUACGAGCCCUGGACACCAGUGCUGGUCAUCAGAGGUACCACAGCCGAGGACGCAGCCCUGGGAGCAGCUACCACAUGGAUGACAAGUAUGAACGAGGAGAAGGAGGAGGAGGAAAAAUAGGAAGGUUUAGGAGCAAGGGCCAGCUUAAUGACAACUCAUCUCCAGAACCCGGCAGAGAUCUGGAGCCACUGGAGAAACCUGUCAAUGUCCUCCUGGUGAAGAACAGACCCAAUGAAGAGUAUGGUCUACGCCUGGGGAGUCAGAUUUUCAUCAAACAGAUGACCAGUACAGGGCUGGCUGCAAAGGAUGGGAACCUCCAGGAGGGGGACAUCAUUCUCAAGAUCAAUGGGACAGUCACAGAGAACCUGUCUCUCCAUGAUGCUGGGAAGCUGAUAGAGAAGUCAAGAGGGAAACUGCAGCUAGUGGUCCAGCGAGAUCGUCGCCAGAUCCUCGUUCGCAUUCCCCCGCUCACAGACUCUGACUCUGAUAAUGAUGACAUAUCAGAGAUGGAGUCGUCAUACCACUCCUAUUCUCCCCCAGAAGACAGGAGGUCCCGUCAGUCUGACCUGUCCUCCCACUCUUCAAAUGAAAGGGACAACCACAGAGAAGAACAAAAGAGAACAGUCGAGGUGUCAGCAAUGGCCUCUCCAUUUAAAGUGCCUGAAGAUCCCCAGGCGUCAGCUGAACUGAACUCAGAUGAACAGCAUAUAGAGGAGCCUCCAGCUGCUGUAACAACCACACCCAAGAUCCUCCUACGACUAAGUCCAGAAGACGAAAAAAUAUACGGGCCAAACACUGUGAUGGUAAAUUUCCAGAAGGGAGACAGCGUUGGGCUGAGACUAGCAGGAGGUAAUGACGUCGGCAUCUUCAUUGCUGGUGUUCAAGUGGACAGUCCAGCUGAGGAAGAGGGCCUCCGUGUCGGAGACCAGAUUCUGAAGGUGAACAACAUUGAUUUUCAAAGUGUAGUGAGAGAGGAAGCAGUGCUCUUCCUACUGGAGAUUCCAAAGGGGGAAGUGGUCACAAUCCUGGCCCAGAGCAAACCUGAUGUCUAUAAUGAUAUCUUGGCAUCGGGGCGUGGAGACUCCUUCUUCAUCCGCACCCACUUUGAGUGGGAGAAGGAGACUUCUCAGAGCCUGGCCUUCAGUCGGGGGGACAUCUUCAAGGUGGUUGAUACCCUGUAUGACGGCAAGCUGGGUAAUUGGCUGGCAGUCCGUGUUGGCAGGGACAAGCAGCUGCUGGAAAAGGGCAUCAUCCCUAACAAGAGCAGAGCGGAGCAGAUGGCCAGUGUCCAGAGCUUUCAUAAAGUUGUUGUGGGUGAUCGAGCCGACUUCUGGCGGUUGCGAGGCCAGCGUUCUGUGAAGAGAAAGGACCUAAGGAAGAGCAGAGAAAACUUGAGUAGUCAAAGCCUGACCACCCACUUCCCAGCAUAUGAACGAGUGGUGCUUCGAGAAGCUGGUUUCCGACGCCCUGUGGUGCUGUUUGGCCCUAUUGCUGAUGCUGCUACUGAGAAACUGGCAUCUGAGAUGCCCGAUCUGUUUGUAAUUGCCAAAACUGAGCCGAAAGAUGCCGGCUCUGAGAAGUCCUCAGGGGUGGUUCGUCUGAACACCAUCCGACAAAUAAUUGAGCAGGACAAGCAUGCCCUCCUAGAUGUGACACCUAAGGCAGUCGACACCCUGAACUACACCCAGUGGUAUCCUAUUGUCAUCUUCUUCAACCCUGACAGCAAGCACGGCAUUAAGGCCAUGAGACAGAGGAUCCUACCCAACUCCAACCGCAGUGCCCGCAAACUCUACGAACAGGCUGUCAAACUAAGGAAGACCUGUUCUCACUUAUUCACUGCCACCAUUGAUCUGAACUCUGCCAAUGAUGCCUGGUAUGGCAGUGUUAAAGACUCCAUCCGUGAGCAGCAGAUGCAGGCUGUUUGGGUUUCUGACGGGAAGCUGGAGGGAGUAGAGAGUGAUCUGGACUGCCAGGACAUGGAGCGUUUGUCCUUCUUAUCCGCCAUGUCUGCUGACUACCUCAGCAUGGACAGCCGGCUGACCUCUGACCAAGAUGACACUGUUGAUGAGGGUGGGACCUACACCGACAAUGAGCUCGAUGUGGAGACAAUGCACAUCUCCGCCAUAAGCCGCUCGUCUGAACCUGUCACAGCUGAGGAGAUCUUGCGUAGGUACAGUCCAGACAUCAGGAGUCGCGUGACGAAAAUUAGCAGCCGAGACGUCCUCAACAGGUCCAGCCCUCCACCCGUUUCCUUGACAGACACCAAGGUGAAACUGUCCUUGAGGGACGAUCCAGUUCUCAUAUUGGGCUCCAGCAACGCACACCAUUUCCACCACCAACAGCACGCCAACAGAAGUUAUGACUCUCCAUCCAGCAGCAGCCCCACCAGCAGCAAUAACGACCCUCCACCACCCCUCUUUCAUUCAGCUGCCUCCUCUGGCUUGGCACCCCGACCUUCAUCUCACCACCUCAGCUCUUUUGGCAAACUGCAGCCCCUGGGAGCACCCCAACUCCCUGCUACAUCCAAGCCCAGCAGCUGCAGGAACACUACAGAAACUGUUGGUCACUCACCUGUGGCUCUGUCCAGUGCAACUUUGGCAGCCGGUAAGCAGCAAGAGGAGGCAGCCGAGGACAGCCCUAUGGAGGAUCCAUCCAUGAAGUCCUUCCGGGGAAAAAUCAAGGCCUUUGAGAAAAUGGAUCACUUUGCCCGAGCCCAAAGGGUGCUGGAACUGCAAGAGGCACAGAAUGCCAGGUUGGAAAUUGCUAAGAAACACCCAGGCAUUUAUGCCAUUCCUCUGAAGACAGCCAAGCCGGAUCACAGUCGAGCAGAGUCUGUCAGCUCCUGUCCUGAACCUCAGACUCCUCUACCCUCCAAGGAGGGACAUCCUUUCUACCUCAGUGAAGAGGAAGCAGAGGAGGAGUCAGUGCCAGGAUACCACACCUCCAAUUCUCACCAGUACCAGGACACUGAAUUGUAGGGUCAUCUCACAGCAGCUGUGCCAGCUCUCACCAUACAUGGACAUAUAUGUACACAUGCAAUGCAUUUGCAAUGUACUUACAUACUUACCAUUCCAUCUUGCCCUGCCCUGCACAAUUCAGCUGCUGACUUUAAAGUGAUUCUUGCUUCUUUGAUAUUUGAGGAAAAAAAAAAAAAACUUCACUGGACAGUCGGUACUAUCCAUUUGGAUAAAAAGACACUGUCUUCUCUUUGCUAUUAUGCUGUAUUUAAUUGUUUCUUUGUAACAUAUCAUGUUUAAUGGUCAAAACCGAGUGAUCAGGAAACAGUUGUUUUCUUGCCUAUGCAACUCUUUCAGUUUGUGCACAGCAACUGAAACCUAUUGCCAUGAGUUUUGCCCUCAGAAAACCUCAACAAACUCCCCAAAACACAAUGCGGUAUAUCACAUCUAUCACCUUCCUUUUUUAAACUCCUAUUAUUGCCAGCUAUAUUCAACAAAUAUUGUAUGUAUUGUAUGGUAUGUAUGUAUA